ACUAACACAAAACCGCAGCCAUCGUACAAGCUUCCCUAUUCGGCCGCUCCAAGCCUCCCACCCGAUUGAGACUCCUGAGUGAGGACGGAGGGAAAACCAGAGGAAACAGAGGAAAAAUCAACAAAAACAAAGAAAAGAUGGAAGAAAUUGAAAGACUUUGACUCCACCUCUAAAUAUGUGACCCCCUCCCUCAAACUAGGGUUUGGGGUUUAGGCAUUCUUUCAGAUAUUCAAGGAAGUAUGGCCAAGAAGAAGAGAUCUCGAAUUGUCACACUGUCCAAAGUUGCUCCAGAAAAAGCAAGUUCUGAUUGUUAUGAAGGCAACCGCCUCGACGAUCUUCUGUCAAAACUUGAAAGGAGCAUAGAAUCAGCAAAAAUUUUGAAGGGAGAUCUUCCUGAAAAAAUUUGGAUCAAGCACCAAUUUGCUAUUGGGGUCAAUGACGUCACCCGUGUGCUCGAGAGGAUGCCUCGAGGUGAGGUGCAAGUUCCUUCGAAGGAAGAUCCUGAGACAAAGAGUGGCCUUCGUAGAGCUCCUUUGGUUCCCCUUCAGGCUGUGCUUUUAGCUUCCGAUUGCAAUCCACGAUGGUUAACCAAGCAUAUACCAAGCCUGGCAUCCUCAAGGCAGGUCCCAGUGAUUUUUGUCAAAGAUAACAAAGGAGGUUCACUGAGGUUAGGUGAACUAGUAAACGUCAAAGCAGCACUGGCCAUUGGAGUAAAGGUUAGAGAAAGUUGUAUCAACAGAACAAUUGAUGAAGUUCUAGGUGGCGAUGCAGUAGUAGAUGAUGAUGUAUAGAGUCUCACUGCCAUUCGUCAUCUAACGAGGCUCCAGGAGAAAGGAUGUUGUCCAACUUCCAAGUUAAAAGGGUUUGCGGUGAUAAUUGAUUGAAAUGGCUGCCAAGAGAUCAUUCACUCCAGAAAUAUAGGGAAUUUGAAUACUGGAUCGACUGAGACGCUUGGUCAUGGUUUUCAUCGAGCUGCACUUAUAAUUAUUUGUGGACUACUUACAUUUAUUUGGAGGCAUUUAUUUAACUAGUGAUUGGUUCGCUGAGCAGUACAUUUUUUAUAGUAUGGAUGUCACACGAGUCGUGAAUUUAGGAGCAAUGCUGUCAAAAUGUGCAACUUGCAAUAGUCCGAGGACAUAGCUUAUUACUCGUCGACUUCUAUAUGCGGCAAUGGGCAACGUGUUCCAAGAAUGAAUAAUGGCCCUGAAAUUUUUAAGAACCCUGAAAGCGAACCAACAAGGAAGCAUACCAUUAAAAUGUGUAUGUGGUCUGGUGGUGCAAGGUACACGCUCAUGUCUAAUAAUGGGAGUCGGAUGAUUGGUAGGUUUAUGCAGCAACAAGCAAUCUUUUUGUUUAAUAUAUAAUAUGAAAUGAGCAAUGUAUUUCAAGAAUGAAUUAUGCCCUCAA